ACACACACACACAUACACACAGAGCUAUAUAUUUCCUGGUGUUGAAUAGAGAAGUGAAAAUAUUCUCCUCAUUGACACAUUUGUGAAAAAGUUCCUGAAAAACCACUAACUCUCAUACUUCUUAGUUUGAAGGAAUGUUUAAUUGUUUCCAAUGUCUGCCGUUUUGCUCCUAAAUUUGUUGUUCCUCAUACAACCAACUUUUCAGGCAUCAGAGUCUGACACUUUUCUGAUACAUAAUGAACGCCUCAAUCUUUGUAUACAAGCUCAAAAAUCUCGAUCUAUCAUCCUGAAUAGCUGCAAUAAAGAUAAUGAGUGGCAAAAUUUUAAAUGGAUUUCUGAACACCAGAUAUUGAACAUGGCAGUGAAGUUGUGCCUGGCAGUGCCUUCAAAAACCAACCUGGCUCCACUCACAGUCUCUCCGUGUAACCAAACGAAUGAACUUCAGAGAUGGACCUGCAGGAAUGAGAGCUUUCUGGCACUUGGGGAGGAAAAUUUGUUUUUGCAACCUUCUGGUGGACAGAAGGACAUUUUGGUAUUAUCUAAAAUAACCACUAUGAAGAGUACUUGGAAGAUCUAUGGAACAAAAGAUAGUUUGUGUACCAAGGGCUAUGAAACUUUGUUUACCUUAGAAGGCAAUGCCUUUGGGGCCCCCUGUGUAUUCCCAUUCAAGUAUAUAAAUAGAUGGUAUGCAAAGUGCAUAACAGAUGAUGAUGACAAUUCACGCCUCUGGUGUGGAACAACUGCAGAUGUAGACAAAGACUCUCUAACUGGAUAUUGUCCGGUGAAAGGUGACCAUGAUGAAUUCCUGUGGACUAAAAACCAUUGGACUGGAGACCUCUACCAGAUCAACUCCCAUUCAGCUCUCACAUGGUUCCAAGCCAGAAAAAGUUGUCAGCAACAGAAUGCAGAAUUACUGAACAUUAAAGAGCUACAUGAACAAACAUACCUAACAGGAUUAACAAGUAAUAUCAACACCGAUUACUGGAUAGGACUGAACAGUUUGGAUCUUGACAGUGGAUGGGAAUGGGCUGGCAACCAUCCUUUCCGAUAUUUAAACUGGGCUUCAGGUAGCCCAUCUCCAGAAUCAGAAAAAUUAUGUGGCUCAAUGCAGUCAAAGAAUGGUCAAUGGGUGAACAAUAAAUGUGAUCAGAAACUUGGAUACAUAUGCAAAAAAGAAAACUCUUCAUCUGAUUCUUCAGUUAUUCCUACAGAUGGUUUUAAGCCAAUUCAAUGUCAAGGUGGCUGGACUGCCUAUGCAGGCUACUGUUACUAUCUUAACAGAGCACUUAAGCCCUGGAGGGAUGCAUUAUCCUCUUGUCGAAAGGCAGAUGGAGAUUUAGUUAGUAUACACAACUUGGAAGAAUACAGCUUUGUGAUUUCUCAGCUUGGUUACAAACCAACAGACCUUCUGUGGAUAGGACUGAAUGACCAGAGGACUGCAAUGUAUUUUGAAUGGAGUGAUGGUACACCAGUAAGAUUUACCAAGUGGCAGCGGGGAGAACCCACACACGUGAAUAAUGUGCAAGAGGACUGUGUUAUCAUGAGUGGAGAGAAUGGAUACUGGCAAGAUUAUUUCUGUGAAGAACAAUUGGGUUUUAUCUGUAAAAGAAAACCUUUGGCAUCUGAGGUUUCUGAAGAAGUUGAAACAGAUGAUCCAAAAUGCCAUAAAGGCUGGAAAAGGCAUGAUUUAUAUUGUUACUUCAUUGGACAGACCACUAAAACUUUUUCAGAAGCAAAGACGUUCUGCGAAGCAGCCAAGGGAUUUCUGACUUCUGUGGAGGACAGAUAUGAACAGGCCUAUUUGACUAGUCUAGUUGGCCUGCGUUCUGAAAGAUAUUUCUGGAUAGGCCUCUCAGAUAUAGAGCGACCAGGGACAUUCAACUGGACCAAUGGAGAUAAAAUGUCGUUCACUCACUGGAAUUCAGAAAUGCCUGGGCAAAGUCCUGGCUGCGUGGCCAUGAGAACAGGAAUGGCAGCUGGAUUAUGGGAUGUUGUGGACUGCAAGGAGAAGGCAGCUUUCCUCUGCAAACAAUGGGCAAAAGGUGUGACACCCCCUCCUGUCCCACCAGUAACUGAUGCACCCUCGUGUCCAGAUGGAUGGACCCCAAGCCCAACUAGGAGUGUGUGCUUCAAAGCAUUUAUUCAAGGAAAAUAUCUAAAGAAAACAUGGUUUGAAGCACUAGAUUUUUGUAAAGAAAUUGGAGGAGACCUGCCUUCUAUCCACAGUCAAGAAGAGCAAGAUAAGAUAGAGGAACUGCUUGACUCAGAACAUUCCUGGAUUGGUUUAAAUAAUUUAGACCCUGAGAAAGGUUUGGUUUGGAGUGAUGGAUCCCCUGUAGACUAUAAUAAUGAUAUGUUCGCAUCAUUCUCUCAUCGAAACAUGGAAAGAGGUUGCAAAAUAAUUCAAGACUAUUUUGGAAUCUGGAGUACUAUCUUAUGCUAUCAUUUGAACAUGUGGAUUUGCCAAAUACAAAGAGGUAUAUCCUUAAAACCAGAACCAAAGAAUACUUUUGAAUAUUCUUUCAAAAUUGUUGAAGAUGGGUGGGUUGCAUAUGAAAGCAAUGAAUAUUAUUUCAGUAAUUUCACUUUGCCUGCAGAAAAGGCUCAAGCAUUCUGCAAGAAACAUGGUGGUAAACUCACAGUCAUUGAGAAUGAAAAUGAACGAAAGUUUUUGUGGAAAUAUAAUUACUUUCGUGGAUCUCAAUAUAACUGUUAUAUUGGCUUAAUUUUGGGUAUGGAUGGAAAGUUUGGCUGGAUAGAUGGAUCUCCAGUGACGUAUGCAGCCUGGGCCCCUAAUGAACCCAACUUGGCAAAUGAUGAUGAACAUUGUGUGGUUAUGUACAGUAGUACAGGCUUAUGGAACGAUAUAAAUUGUGGUGCAGAGAAUGGCUUCAUCUGCAAGAGGCACAAUAGUUCUGUCGCUGCAACUGUUGUUCCCACAUCACCUGAGCCUCUUGGAGGGUGUGCAGAAGGCUGGCUUUUGUUUGAUAACAAGUGCUUCCAAAUCUUUGGUUUUCAUGAAGAAGAAAGGAAAAACUGGUCUGCUGCGCGCACCCAUUGCAAAUCCCAAGGUGGAAACCUGGCCUCUAUACCAAGCAAAGCUGUUCAAGCUUUCCUUAUAUUGCUUUUGAAAAGCAUUUCAACUGAAGCCUGGAUUGGACUGAAUGAUAUUAAUCAAGAGCAGAGUUUCUUAUGGACAGAUGGAAGUGGCGUCUACUAUACAAACUGGGACAAUAUUCCCCUAAGGUUUGAUAGUGAUUGUGUUUUUAUGAUGAAAAUGCCUGAGAAACUGGUAGGAAAAUGGAGAGAUGGGAACUGUAAUCAUGAGAAAAGCUAUGUCUGUCAAAGGAAAACUGAUACUAUGUUACCUUACCUCGAAACAACACUUCCGUCCUCUGGUUAUACAGUUUACGGCAAUAGUAGCUAUUCUGUUGUUAGUCCCAAAAUGACAUGGGAAGAAGCAAGAAAAAAAUGUAAAUCUGAAAACUCAGAACUUGCCAGCAUUUUAAAUCCUUAUGUCCAGUCAUUCUUAUGGCUGCAAGUGUUAAAAUAUAAGGAGCCUGUGUGGAUCGGUCUAAACAGCAAGCUGACCAAUGAUCAAUACAAAUGGAUAAGUGGUUGGAGACUGAUGUAUACCGCCUGGGCUGCUGAAGAGCCGAAAGAGAAAACUGCCUGUGUCUACUUGGACCUCGAUGGUCACUGGAAAACAAGCCCUUGCAAUGAAACGUAUUUCUCUGUCUGUGAGAAUUAUCAUGGUAUAAUUCCAACAGAGGCUCCUGAACUCCCAGGAAGAUGUCCUGAAUCAAAAGAAUCCCACAGAGCUUGGAUUCCUUUUCGGGCACAUUGCUAUUCUAUAUAUCAAAUCCGUACAAGCUGGGCUGGAGCAUCCAUGAGAUGUUUUCAUUUAGGUGGCACUUUGGCUUCCAUAGAAGAUAUAGCUGAAAUGCAUUUUUUGCUGGAACAUACCCAUCAAUUCACUGACAUGAGCUUUUGGAUAGGGCUAUUUAGAAAUGUGGAGGGAGAAUGGAUUUGGCUAGAUAACACCGAAUUGGAUUUUGUAAACUGGAAAAAUGAACCACCUGAGACACAGUCUUCAUACUUCCAUAGUUAUGACGGGAGGGGUGAUAUUCGUUUUCUGGAUCAAUGCAUUUUUAUGAAUGGCCACAAUGGGGAAUGGAAUGGUGAAGGCUGCAACUAUCCACAGAGGGGAUUUAUCUGUAAAACACCAAAGAUUCUUAAUGAACAAACUGAACAGCGUACAAACGAUAAAGAACAAGCAGAGGUCCCUGCACAACCACAUGGCACAACUGUGAUAGUUGUUUUCCUAGCUAUGCUGAUCCUCAUGGGUGCAGGCGUUGCAGCCUAUAUUUUCUACAAAAAACAAAGAAAACAACAACAAAAUGCUGCUGGGUUUAACAACUCCUUGCAUGAGGACAAUGUGAUUAUCCUCCAGAAUGACAAAGAAUUACUUGUGAACAACAAAGCAGGAGAUUAACAGGUCUUUGUGCAAUCCCAUUGAACACAGUAGGACUGUAAAAGUAAAAGGGCAUAUCUUUGCACUGUUUAUAUACUUAUAUUCAUAUAAGUAAGCAUUUGGAAAAUAUUCAUUUUAAGCAGUAUCUCUCUUCAAUAGGAUGGAGAAUCACUGGGAGUUACAAGAAUUUCGCUGGCUCAUUGGGGGAGGAGGGGUGUACGUAUGUGUGUAUGUAUGUAUGUUAAAAACAUUUCAUCUAAAACUCAUCAAAGCACUUCAAAAUCAUUACUGAUUAUUUAUCUGCAUUGGGUUUCCCUUUUGCACCUCCUGACCUGUUACACAUAUGUAUGGGACUUCUGUCCAAAUGGGAAAAGCCUGGAUAUAGGUGGUGGGUUUUGCCCUAAAUGUUGAAGGUCAUGGAGUCCCUAGGAUUGUUGAAAAACAGCUUUGGGUUGUACCCUGUUUCCCCGAAAAUAAGACUUCCCCUGAAAAUAAGACCUAGUAGAGAUUUUGCUGAAUUGCUAAAUAUAAGGCCUCCCCUGAAAGUAUGACCUAGCAAAGUUUUUGUUUAGAAGCAUGUCUGCCAAACAGAACACCAGAGCAUGCAGGAUUGGUAAAUGUAUGUACCGUAGAUUGUUGUACAUGGAAAUAAUGGUAGUAGUAAGAAAUUCUUGAUAGGAUUCAGUUUGUUUGGUCAAGCUGGUUUGUGAUGACAACUACUAUACAGUUUACAAUAAAUGUUCAUUUUUCGUUCAACAAUAAAUGUGAAUUCUUCUUCAUGGAAAAAUAAGACAUCCCCUGAAAAUAAAAUCUAGCACAUCUUUGGGAGCAAAAAUUAAUAUAAGAACUUGUCUUAUUUUCAGGAAAACACAGUAUGUAUUGUGAGCCCACAUUCGAUCUGCAACAAAGCUCACAGUGAAAAAUGUUUUGAUGCAGAACGGCUGUUCAAUGAAAAAUUAAGUUAUAAAGAGUAUUUUCAAACUAAAAAUAAUAUUUUCAAAUUAAAAAUUAAGGUCCCUCUUUCUUCUUUAAAAAGAACUCUAUGGUUCUUGGUGUGAUGUGUACAGAAGUCUGCUUCUGCCAGCAUAGAGAUGCUACUCUACUUUUGGUAACUGCUGUGCAAAGUUUACAGCUAAAUGUUAUUCUGUAUUUCCUGAAAUAUUACAGUGGAAUAUUUAGUCUCCGGGGUCUUUCAGUUCUGCCCACCAUAUAUCCCUCCAUCCAUUUCACAUGGGCAUAUUUCACUCUGAAGCAUUUCAAAGGAAACCACGCUAUCAAGGGUGAAAUAAGAAAGCACAUUAGUAUUGGUUCCCCAAGUCUUCUUGCAUUGCUUGUAGACGGUUCCUUUCCCCAGGGAAGAUAGCAUUAAAACAGCACAUGCAUUAAUAAAUCAUGGGAAGUGAGAUAAUGAAUCAUGGGAAAUGAGAUUAUGAAUCAGUAAGAAGAAAAGCCCAAAGGAAAUUGGUAGCAUUAAAAUCCCACUCAGUACACAUGUUUUUUGGAUGGGACCAAUAUUGCAACCUGCCUUGACAUCAAAAAUAAAAAUCGACAAGCAUUCACUGCUCUACUACCUUACUUUCACAAUAGCAAUGCACUUUGGAGCAUAGGAGAUAGAGACAUAUUUUAGGAGGGUUUUUUUAAAACUUGGAAUUAUAUUGCUUAUGUCCUUGCCAUACAGUUUAAUCAUAAUUAAAAGGAAUAAAAAGUACAGGUAUAAAUGGAUACCUGUGUUGUACAAACUACAGUUUGUACAUGAGAACGAACAAAUGAUAUCAACUCAUGGAGGAAAGGCUUAAUAUAAAUCAAUUAUGAUACUGCUUUCUUUUCAUUUUUAAACAUAUUUUUGAAAUAUUUCAGUUCCAUUAGGUUUUUUAUGACUUUUGUCUAGUUUAUUCUUAUGCUGUGCUGUUUACUGGUGUUUUUGUAUUAUUUCCUCAUUUGUGGGGAAUAUGUUUUUAAAAGAUGGUACAAAAAUAUUGAAAUAAACUUCUAUACAGCUUCAAGAAAAGUC